AGUGUUUUUAGUGUAGAGCUUGGUGUGGUUGGCGCGACUUGUCAAGAAGCAUGCUGCACUCAGUCAAACAUACAAAUUUCGUGGAGGUGCCGCUCCGCGAAACGACCGCUCCCAAAUGGAAAGAACUGGCGAUCAACACCGGGGCGGCCCAGAGCACGCUGGAAGACAUCAAGCUCGCCGAGCGAGCCGGCGGCUACGUCUACCAGAGCACGGGCGGCGCGACGCGCAACCGCUUCAUCUACUGGAAGACCAACAACAACGUGCUCGAGCUCACUGAAGAGUCCCUGGAUGUCAACCUGAUUGGGAACAGGCUUCGUCUCCGCUUUCAGCACACGCCGCUCCUGGAAGGGGUCUCCAUCUUCGAGACGCAGAACUGCGUCGUCGUACUCGCGGCCACGGUCGCUAGCGUGCAUCGGAUGUCCUUUCCGCAUCCUUGCCGCCUCAACCCGGACACCGUGUCCCGCCACCACGGCUUGACGAGCGGGCCCUCCGUCUUCUUCGACGCGUCCGUGUCCCUCCUCCGCGACUACCACGUUCUGAACCACGUCGGCCUCGGCACUACCCUCUCCCACAACUCCUGCAGCUGGCUGGGCCCCAACGGAGAAGCCAUUUUCGUCCUGGGCACCAACACGUCUGCCCUGUUCGUCGUGUCCAUCGAUCCCCAGGACGCUGGAGGCCAAGUGUCCUCCAUGGAGAUCCGCAAGAGCAUGACCGUCGGCCGUUUUCUCAGCAACAUCCUUCCCACGUCCCUGCGGAGCGACGAAGCGUCCAUAAGCCUUGUCUGCCACCAGGCCGAUGACGACGUCUUCAUCUUCGCGCUUUCGCGCGACCUCCGAAUUCGCCAGUGGUCGUACAGGCGGCAGGACCUCCUCAUGAUGAAGUCUGUCCAGGAGCACUGCAGCGCCCCCUCGUCCCGCUCCGCGUGCAUGUACAAGGCUACCGACAGUCGAGGACCUGACCUCCACUUAGGCGUGUACAUCAGCUUUCCCGAAAAGAGUGAGUUCUUGCUCUUCAGGCAGGUCCAGGACCACGGAAACUACAAGAUCUCGUACGUCACUACCGUGCUGGCGCCAGAGAGCGACCUCGUCGACUUCUGCUUGACGUCUUCGUGCCUCUGGACGCUGUGGGUGAAGCAGAAUGACGAACCUGUGGUCUGCAUGAAGAACUUCAGGGAAGAGGGUUUGUAUCAGAGUGCAUGGUCCGGAGUCUUCCUACAGAGGGGUGUCCCGACCGAGAAGAUCACCGUGCCUACGGUACUCGAUGCACGGGAGAUCUACCUCGAGAAGAUUUUUGGACACGGCGCUUUCUCGUACACGACGCUUUCGAAAGCCCUCGGCAUGUACAGCAGACGUGGAGAGUCCAGCGCGAAUCCAGCCUUCAGCUGUCGGACGCUUAAGGACGAAGUUGUUCUGGCUGUUGAAGCCGAGAUACGUGCCAGUGCCACCGAGGUUAGCGAAGCCGAGCUUGCAGAUGUUGAGUAUGUGAACUUGGCACUGAAGUGCUGGGGAAGGUUCUACCACACGUGCAUCCAGUACCACGAAGUGGGAUCAAAGCCGCUCGGUCUCUUUGUGGACCCGACUUCCCAGCUGACUGCCCUAAUCCGGAGAGACCACAUCUCUAUGCUACGGCCAUGUGAGAGACUAGAGUCUUUAGUCCUGUCGGAGAAUGUCGCUGAUGACAACAGCACCCUGGUGCUGAUUAGACACAUAAAGGAAAUCAAUUCCCUGCUUACUGCAGAUAUGCUCUUGGAGUUUGCCCAGGGACUCUACAACAUGGAAAGUCCAGGAAGUCUUGCAACAAGGCUGGCCAGCCAGUUGACGAACCAUUUUCAGCCGGGGCUCCAAGAGAUCUUAAGGACAGAUCUGGACCUUGUGCCCGCCCUGAAAGACCUUGUCGGCUGCAUGGAUCUUCGAAGAGAGCUCACUGCUCUGCCAGAUCAAGAUAUGUACUACCAUAACAGCUGGAACCUUUUGUUCACGAGCAUGACCGGCAGGGAUUUUGUUGCAAGCUGCUUGUGCCAGUCUAUGCGUUUUCGCUUCACUUUCUGCCAAGAUCUUCUCCUCCUGGAGUGCCUUCUGCUCAACAUAGCCAACAAAGAGAAGGGGGCAAAGCAGAAGUGCAUGGACAUAAGGAACAACCUGCUCCCCAAAACAGAGGCACUGGUUCGAGCUUACUAUGUCGCUCUCUGGGCAACCGAAACAGAAGGCAGCCCUGUUUCAAGUGUCCUCGAGGGAGGCAUCAGCCGCCUGUCGCUGAGCAGUCGGAGCGAUGGGUUCGGCAUCCUGUGCCAAAACACGCAGCCGUCCAGUCUGGCCUGGCUCUUCCUGAGAGAUGUUGGUGGCGACCUUGUCCGCAGGAGGCUUACCCAAAGCUGCAGGUUGGUUGAGGAAUGCGAGCUCUGGGACCAGGUGCUUCCAGCAUACAUCCAGGCCACAGCAGAACUCAUAUGGCCCUUUGCACCAGAGUACGCUUUUGCAAAGGCUCUGCUAGACCUCGGCCAACACCUCCAGCUUCAAGAGUAUGUCCGGCUCCUUGGUAGUUGGUGCAAGCAAAACAGCGGAACCUGCCAGUUCCUCCUAGCCACCAGUCUGCUCAGCUGCAACGAACCCCAAAAGGCCUGCGAGCUCUUCCAAAAGAUUGCCAAAGGCCCCUUCCUUGAGGAGCCCUUCCUUCAGCCCCAGAUAGGGAUGCUGGUAGGUGACGAGGAGCCACAAUCCGAACGGUCUCCCCUGGUACUGUACUUCCUCCGGGUCAUCAAAGCCUUCGAGCAAGCGGGACAUUUGGAAUACGUCGUGGAGCUUGCCAUGACCGCACUCUACGCCGUCACAGGACCCAACGACCCCAAGCUGCCCACGCUGUGGUCACUCGUCUUCCGCUGCCAGCUGGAGCUCGGCCACAUAAAGCAAGCCUACGACGCCAUCAUCCAGAACCCUGAUGCGGAGGAAUGUUCUCAAUGCCUCCGCCAAUUCGUAGUUGUCCUCUGCGAGCGCCGUCAGCUCUCGACCUUUGUGUCGUUCCCGUUCAAAGAGGUCAUCAACGAGGUCACCUCCAUCUUGAAGACCCGCGCGAGAGCAACGGACCUCCUUAAUUCGCCCUACUAUGAUGUCCUCUACGCCAUGUAUGUCAAUGCCAAGCGGUACCGAGAGGCCGCCGCAAUGAUGCACGAGUAUGGCUCGCGGCUGGGACAAGAAGUACCAGGCAGCCAGAGCUUGCGCCGUCAGCAGCUCUGUCUGCUGGCCGCGAUCAACUGCCUCCUCCUGGCCAAGCCAAAGUAUGCGUGGAUCACAAGUCCGCUGCUCGUGCACGCUUCCGCCGAUCGGUCUCCCAAGCGCGACUGUGACGGCGAGGAGGUGCCUCAACAGGCGAGCCGCAGAGUGGAAGUCAUCACGGUCGAAGACAUCCGCCGCGAGCUGUGCCUCAUCCAGGCGUGGCUGCUCCUGGUCGAAUCAGGACAGGAGGGCAUUUCCACGCCGCUGUCUCCCGAAGAGACCACAACACUCCUGGUAGUCAAUGGUCAUUUCGACGUUGCCACCAAGGUCUGCAAGUCGUACCAGCUGGACCUCGAUGUCGUGUUUGAGGGCCUGGUCAGCCAGUGCACGAAGAGAAGUUCUGGCGGAGCGCAAGACGUGCAUGCCAUUGACCCACAGUGGAUCAUAGAGAACCCGAGGGCGGUCCUCGACAUACCGGAGCAGGCAUGGUCCCUGCUGCGGCACUACCUACAGGAGUACGAAAGCGAGCCUGGUCUCACGCGGUACCAUCGCCUGGUAGCGUGUCAGUUGCUGACGCACGGCUACGUCCUGCCGCCGUGGUUCCUGGCGUCGUACAAGGUGCGGGAUCCCGCAGAGCUGCUGCGGUUAUACAUGACGUACGGCAAGCUGGAGGACGCGACCGACCUGGCCGUGGAGUAUGUGGAUGCCACUCUGGGAAUGGGCAGGGAGUACUUCGGACUCCCGAAUGCGCUGCACUCCACGGCGCCGCCAGUGUGGUUGCCGCACGCCGUGUUUGACCGUCUUCUGGUUCUGCUGAAGACUUCGGGGAAGAUGGAGGAACAGCAUCGCCGGCUCAGUGCAAGAAUGCAGGAGUAUCUUGCGACGCUCGAACGCGUCUCGGCAAAAAUGCACUAAAUCUGUUUAAAAAAAGAGAAAAAAAAAGUUGAAUAAAUGUUAUAUUCUUUUGGC